AUGGGUGACCGAGAUCGAAGCCGGUCCCCACGCCGGCGUGAUAACGGCGACCGAGACCGACCGAAAAAGACGAGUGGCUUCCGCUGGAAGGAGAAACGGCGCGACGACGAUUCCCGCGGCGAUGACCGCCGCCUAGACCGUGGCUACAGAGACCGGAACGACCGCCCACGAUCACCUCGGAGAGAUCGCGAUGGAGAUCGCCCUGGAGACCGAUACAGAGACGGCGAUCGUGAGCGUGAGCCUCGACGACGUGACGACCGCGACGCGCCCCGAGAAGAGCGCGAGAAAAAGGUCGAAAAGAAGGAGAAGAAAGAGAAGAAGCCCGUUGUACCUCAGUCAUCUGAGCCCAUGAUCGUCGUCCAUGUGAAUGACCGUCUGGGUACCAAGGCUGCGAUUCCCUGCUUAGCUUCGGAUCCGAUCAAGCUCUUCAAGGCCCAAGUGGCCGCCCGGAUCGGUCGCGAGCCCCACGAGAUCAUGCUGAAGCGCCAGGGCGAACGCCCCUUCAAGGACCAGUUGACGUUGGAAGACUACGGCGUGAGCAACGGAGUACAGCUUGACCUGGAAGUUGGAACCGGAGAUUGA